GAGAGAGAGAGAGAGACACUCUCAGCGACGCGUUUCACAUUAUAGUGACACAGUGUCACUACAGUCCCUCUCGCGGUCCAGUCCAGUCCGGUACCGGUUCAGUACCAUGCCAGCGCAGUGAUGGACCCACAGAACCGAGCCGCCCUCGACAUCUCCACCCGAAACCCUCAGGAUGACUUUGAGAUUCUGCAUCGUCUGGGAGGAGGAACCUACGGGGAGGUGUACAAGGCACGGAAUAAGCAGACCGGUGACAUGACCGCCAUCAAAAUCAUCAAGACAGAACCAGAAGACGAUUUCUCUGUGAUCCAGCAAGAGAUUGUCAUGGUGAAGAGCUGCAAGCACCAUAACAUUGUGGCGUACUUCGGCAGCUACAUACAGUCCAAUAAGCUGUGGAUCUGUAUGGAGUACUGCGGAGGAGGCUCUCUGCAAGACGUCUACAACGUGACUGGCUCCCUCACAGAGUUGCAGAUUGCCUACGUCUGCAGAGAGAUGCUGAAGGGUUUGGAUUACUUGCACAACCAGAAAAAGAUUCACAGAGACAUCAAGGGAGCCAACAUCCUCCUGAAUGACCUGGGAGAGGUCAAGCUGGCCGAUUUCGGGAUCUCUGCUCAGAUCACCGCCACCUUCGCACGACGCAUGUCUUUUAUUGGGACACCGUACUGGAUGGCGCCAGAGGUGGCGGCGGUGGAGAUUAAGGGGGGCUACAACGAGCUGUGUGACAUCUGGUCGGUGGGGAUCACCGCCAUCGAGCUGGCCGAGCUGCAGCCCCCCCUCUUUGACGUGCACCCCCUCCGAGUCCUGUUCCUGAUGUCAAAGAGUGGCUACCAGCCUCCCAAACUGAAGGACAAAGCGAAAUGGUCCUCCAUGUUUCAUAACUUUAUCAAAAUGAUGCUGAUCAGGAACCCUAAGAAGAGGCCCAGUGCCUGCAAGAUGCUGACACACCAGUUUGUCUCCCAGUCCGGUCUGAGCCGCUCCCUCACCACUGAGCUCCUGGAGAAGCUGCGGAACCCGGAGAAGCUGCAGAGCUGCCUGGGGGAGGGGGAGGAGGGCGAGGAGGGGGAGUUUCUGCCCGGGUUCUUGAGACGAAUCCACUCCACAAACCGACACAACAAGGCAGAGAGGACCAGCUCAGACAUCCGCCUGCAACAAAUUGAGAUCAAACAGCCUGCCAGGAGAGAGAGGCACUCCCAAGACAGUCCGGGGCCGUGUGUCGUGCACGUGUGGGUGUGUGGAUGGGACGUGUGUCGUGUCACAGAUGACAUCACAGAUUCAGACGAUGACGAUGGUGAUUAUGAUGACGUUGACAUCCCCAGCAAUUACGAUAACAGUAACACGCUACAGGCUGACGAUGUCCCGCCCCCUUUGCCUCCCAAGCCCAAGUUCCGGAGCGGCUCAGAGGAAAGUUUCCCAGGGGAAGAUGAUCACGGUCACACAAGAAGCUCCCUCUACAGCCCCUCCCCCAUCCUGCGCUGCUCCAGCGGCCCCCGCACCCGGCCCACCCCCCGCCCGCGCACUGUCAGAAACGUCAACUCGGGUACGAACCUCACUGGGUCUCCUAAUGCUAACCCUGAUGACAGUCUCCUGGGGGUCGGGGCGAGGACGGGGGGGGUUCUUACUGUUCUUCGGGCUUCGGCUGGGCCUGUGGAAUGCAAGAGCCCUGAAUUCACAAAAACCCCGGUGUUCCUGAAGAAAGUGUUUAAUGGCUGCCCCCUGAGAAUCAACAGCUGCACCACCUGGGAUCACUGCACUACUAAAGAUCCUCAGCUGAUAUUCGGGGCAGAGGAGGGCAUCUUCACUUUGAAUCUCAGCGAGCAGGAGGCCACUCUGGAGCUGCUGUAUGCAGGCAGGUGUACCUGGGUCUACUCCAUCAGCAAUGUUCUUAUGUCAAUAUCAGGCAAGGCCUCCCAGCUCCACUCACACUCCCUGAAGGAGCUGUAUGAGCAGGCAGGCAAAGUGCUGCCCACGCACAGGCUGCUUCCCAGGAAGUUUUCAGUGACCAACAAGAUCCCAGACACCAAGGGCUGCCGGGCGUGUUCUGUAGCUCAUAACAGGCAGAGUAGCUGCAGUUUCUUGUGCUGUGCUCUGGAGUCCAGCGUGGUUCUGCUGCAGUGGUACGAGCCCAUGCACAAGUUCAUGCUGAUAAAGCACUUUGACUUCCCCCUGCCCACCCCUCUGCGUGUGUUUGAGAUGCUGGUGGUCCCGGAUCAGGAGUACCCCUUGGUCUGCAUCGGGCUCCGCAAGGGCUCCACGCCGGGGCAGGACGUGCAGUUUGAGAACAUCAACCUCAACUCUGCCACCUCCUGGUUCACUCGCAGCAGUGCAGAGAGCACCAGUACAGACCCAGUUCAGGUAUCUCAGCUGGAUUGCAACACACUACUAGUCCUGGUUCACAAGAGUGUGAUGCUGGUAAACCUGCAGGGGGCAGUGAAGAGCCAGAGGAAGCAGCUGUCUGAAGUCUCGUACUCCUUCGCUGUGGAGUCAGUGGUGUAUUUUGAGGACAGCAUCCUGGCUCUGUGGAAGCACGGCUGGCAGAGGAGAGACGUCCGUUUCGCAGAGGUGCUGCAGAACUGGACAGAGACCAGCAAGACAUUCAGACUGGUCCGCUCAGAUAGGAUGGUGGUGGUGGAGACGAGGCCGACAGAAGACCAGUCCGCCCACAGCAACCUCUACAUCCUGGAGAUCGCAGAGAACAUCGUCCCAACGCUGUGACCCAGUAUUCCCAGUGUGCACUCCCACACACACACACCAAAGAGAACACUGAGACACUCGCAGACAGACAACUCAAUGUGCACUCACACCAGUGGGGACUCUGACACACACAGCACUGAGAGUCUCCCACUCCCUCACUGUGGAAGAACUGGACCCUCAGGGUUCAAUGACAAACACCUGACAGUGCAAGCAGAGAGCAAGCUCUGCGCUCGAUAGAUAGACAGAGGCGUGAAGAGAAGGGAUGUACUUGUCUGUAAAAGUCUUCCUUCCGUGUCCUGUGCCCUAACGUUUGAGUCUUAACAUGCUUUUG